GUUGUCGAACAUCCUGUAUAAACAAAAGAAAUAAAAUUGGAAUAUAAAGAAGCAAAUAAAAUAAUAAAAAUGAAUUGAGUUAAAGAUUUGGUGAACUUGUAGAUGAGCUACUCCUCCUCUGAUUUUGAUGAUUUUUAAAUAUGUUGUAAAAUUCGAUAUUUUAAGCAACUUUUAUUCGUCUAAGCUAUAUGUCGAAUUUGAUUAGUUUGCGAGAUAUUCGCAAAAGAAUAUUGUUACUACUUUAGCGAAUUUUGCCUAUACAUAUGCGCCUGUAACUAUGUGUGCAUCGGCUCGUUUGCCUACCGUUUCUGUAAACAGCACCAUGUGGUCCGGCUCUUAUUCAUACAACUAAAAAAUCAAAUUAUUGACUCAAUUAUUGAAUCAAAACGUUCGACUAGCGUCGGCCGCCUAAAGGCGGUCGGCCACGCAGGUCUAAUGUCAAAAUUAUUGAAAUUAGUAAUUAACUUUAAUUUUGAGCUGACCCGUUAUAUAGACGGUAGCCGGGCCGUCAUACGAUGCUGAUGACAGAAAGAGUAGGUAACCGAGGGUCGCUUCCCGACGCAUACACAACCGCAGACGUAUACGUACAGGCGAAAUUCAAUGUAGUAAUACUUAUAGUAUCUCGCAAAUAUCUUGCAAAGUAAUAGAGGCUGACAUAUAGCUUAGAGGAAAAAAGUUGUUUAAAAUGAGGAAUUUUACAACAUAUUCAAACAUCAUCGAAAUCGGAGGGAGAGUAGCAUUUCUACAAGUUGACCCUUUAUUGGAAAGGGACAAGCUUUCAUUCAUAGAUAUACGAGCAAAAUUCGGGUUAUAAUUCGUUGUACAGAAUCGUAUACAUAUUGUAAUUCUCAAUAACUGUUAUUGUUUACAUGUCCCGAUCUACUGCCUCUAGACCUCUACUAUCAGUUGUUCUGUCGUCGAGGAAACAUUUAGUUUCUUUACGAUUUCACCACGCAGUUGACCUCUUAAGCCGGGUAUCCACUUGUAUCAAACGCCCGUAUCGUAUCACCGUUGCGUAUCCAUUUGAAGAGGCAGACGCUGCAUCGUUGCAUGCCACAAAGCUGUUAAAUAUUACGCUGUUAUCCCUAAGCCUGUCACAACGUGCUACGGCUCGGUCAAUAUUUCUUCGUUUCUUGAAAGAAAUGGUUCGGCAAUACGACUGGGCCACUACAGGCGAGGAGUUUUGAUUUGCUGCGUGCUGUUCCUUUGAUACGGAGAUACUCAACGGGCCCAUCCGAAAAAGUUGGUUCUUUGCCGUUGCAUCGAAGGAAAUUUUAAGUACUUGUAACUUCCAAGUGCAUUGACCGAUUUUGAUUGAUCGCUGAAAUUUUCAGCAUACACAUAACUUAUUUGAAUCUACGAAAGACAUAUUUAAAAUUUAAAAGGGUUUAAAAAUUACC